AUGGAAGAGCGCAACGACUCAGACCCCGACGGCAUUCAUCAUCGACGGUCGACGCAAAUCUGGACGAACCAAUCCAAUACCACCCGAAUUCCUGGCGCAUCCUACUCCCACGCAUCGCAGACGAACAGAAAAGCCCGACAACAAUCUCCAACCCGUGCGUCGGGCCGUCAGAACAGAACACCGACCAAGCCAUCCGGAGCGGCCAGCGCUCCACGCCCAAAUUCUACGAAGAAAUUGGCUCCUCCAUCAGCGCGCACGGCGUCGAAAACAACACCGACUAAAGCCCAGUCUUCGAGAGCCAGACCCAGCCCAGCUAUUGGCACCAGGAAAAGCGCUCGCGCUCUGAAGAAGGCUGUGGCUGCCGCUGAAGAGGAACUUGCAGGCUCAAAACGUCGCCACGACAACGAUGGUUUUGCCAAUGGCUUCUCAGAUGGCGGAUCCAGCUUCGACUCUGAUGGGGAAUUCGAUCUGAGCCCUGGUUUCAAGGUUCCGAAAGUAAAAUUGAAGCUGAAGUUUGGCGCACCAAAACCUGUGAUUACGCAUCCGUCUCAGCUCCCUCCAACUAAGCCAUUUGGAUCUUUCGAAGAAUUCCUGCAGCAGGAUGAAUUGGAACACAACCCGGCACUGCUACAGGGGGCGGAGGAAAAGGCGCGAGAAGAAGCAGAGCUUCGGAACAGGAUAGACUACGAAGCGCGCUUUGGUGUACUUACGCUCGAGAAUUGUUCCCUGUUUGUGCCGGAAAAGCAAUUGGAACCGGCCCGACAGUAUGGACAUCAGGAUCACCUCGCGGCGCACGCCCUCAAUUUUCGCAAGUUAAUGAUCAAGGAACGUAAGGAGCAUCAGGAACUCAUGCGCAAGCGGAACGUAGCACUCAUGGCGGAAAUCAAGAGGAGAAGGCCGAGGACGAGGGAGGAGAUUGAGCAGGAGCAGUACAUAGAAAAUCGAAAACAGUACAAAGAACAAAUUGCUCAAUUGCGGAGGAAGUGGGAUGAGGAGGUUGACAAACGGAGAAUCCAACGCGCCGAGGAAGAACGGCGUCAAGCAGGCAAAGAACAUCUGAAGAAAAUGCUACAGCAUUCUACACAACUACUUGACGCUCGUCGUGUUGACCGACCAGGGUCAGUUGCCUCGCUGUCGGAGUUAGGUGCUGGGGAGGAAAUGGUGUCUGGGGAGGAAGAAGAAGAGGAGGAUGAAGCUGAUUUUGAGGGCGAUGCCGAUGACAAUCAUGAUAUUAUCGACGAAGAUAACAUGUCGACAUCAGAAUCAGAACAUGAGUCAGUGGAUCAGGACGACGAUGCGAAUCUCACGGUUGAACAACUAAAGGCGAAAUAUGCGGCAAUCGGAAACUCAAUUUCGGUACAUAAACUAUCGGACGACUUGGGCGAUGUAGACAUUAUGGACGUUGAUGUUGAUGAGAUACCCUACUCGGAUCAAGAGACGAUGUCGGACGCCGAUAUGCUUGACGAGCGACCAGAAGAGCCGGGUACUCUAAAUGGUGUAAAUGGUGUCGAAGGGGCAGCCGAUUCGGGUGACAUUGCGAUAGAAGAUGUCGAUGAUAUACUUCUUGAUGAUAGCGAUGAGUCGACCGAUAUGGAAGAUGAGGAAGAGAGUAAUGACAGCAUGAGUGGAGAUGAUGAUGACGAUGAUGAGGAUGGUGUCGAUUCCGGGCUGUUGGGAUUCUACAAAAUGCGAGCCGGCCCAGGACCGCAGGACGACGCAUCCAAUGAAGAAGUCGAACUAAUUGGAAUUACCGAUGGACCCGAGGAGGCAGUGGAAGAAGUGCCCGAAGUGGCGGCCAAAGAGGAGCCUGGGGACGAACCUCGUGUGGUGGAACUAGAGGAUGACGGGAUCACGCCAAAGCCAGUCGAGGAGGUGCCUGCAGUCGAGGCUAAAUGUCUUUCUGUAGACGCAGAGACCACAGUACCUCCAUCACCGGCAGACGCGAAAGACAGUGCGCUUCAGUCAUCACCAACUACAUCUCCCGAGGAAACACCCCCACCGCACCCAGUGGUGAAGACCCCUAUUCCCUUUCUACUCAGAGGCACCCUUCGCGAAUACCAGCACUAUGGACUGGACUGGUUGGUGGGUCUGUACGAAGGCCAUACAAAUGGAAUAUUGGCCGAUGAGAUGGGACUUGGGAAAACAAUCCAAACCAUUGCUUUGAUCGCUCAUCUUGCGUGUGAAAAGGGCAUCUGGGGACCUCAUCUCAUUGUUGUCCCGACCAGUGUCAUGCUCAACUGGGAGAUGGAGUUCAAGAAAUGGGCACCAGGUUUCAAAAUUCUCACCUACUACGGGAGCCGGGAACAGCGCGCCGAGAAAAGGAAAGGUUGGUUCGACAAUAACCUGUGGCACGUUUGUAUCACAUCUUAUCAGCUCGUACUUCAGGACCAGGUCACCUUUAAACGGCGAAACUGGCACUACCUGAUCCUAGAUGAAGCUCAUAAUAUCAAGAACUUCCGUUCCCAGCGAUGGCAAACGCUUCUGAACUUCAAAUCGCAGGCUCGUUUGCUGUUGACGGGUACCCCGCUGCAAAACAACCUCAUUGAGCUGUGGUCCCUACUGUACUUCCUCAUGCCGUCUGGCACAUCCAGCUUGCCCGCAGGAUUCGCCAAUUUGAACGAGUUUCAGGAAUGGUUCGCACACCCGGUAGAGCAGUUGAUGGAGGGCGGUCGUGAAGGGAUGGAUGCCGAAGCGAAGAACACGGUCACCAAACUCCACAAGGUUCUGCGUCCAUACCUAUUGAGACGACUCAAGGCAGACGUGGAAAAGCAAAUGCCCGGGAAAUACGAGCACAUCAUUUACUGUCGGCUUUCGAAACGCCAGAGAUACCUGUACGACGACUUCAUGUCCAUGGCAAAGACGAGGGAAACAUUGGCCUCCGGCAAUUACCUUUCCAUCAUCAACUGCCUUAUGCAGCUCCGCAAGGUCUGCAACCAUCCAGAUCUUUUCGAAACUAGGCAGAUUGUCACGUCUUUUGCGAUGCAGAAGUCCGUGGUUGCAGACUACGAGACCAAGGAGCUGCUGGUACGGCGGCGACUGCUGCCGGAAGAUCCAUUCGAUCCCUCCUUCGGCACGGACUUCUUGGAGUUUGUUGGUCUGGUGCCCGCGAAGAUCAAUCGGUUCACGAAGCAGCAUUCCAACAAGAUUCAGAUCCUUUCCGCUACUGAUCUCUUGCGGCACUACUACGAAGAGAAGGCCGCCUCCAUCGAACCCGCCGAGCCGGACUUUUCAACCAUUCAGGGUAAUGCACGGUACAUGAGAUACAAGUCGGAGCUCUCGCAUCUCGACAAACUCAAGUCUUGUGUUCGACUCAAUCGGAUACGAACAGGGUACCAGCCCCUGUGCAGUUACGAUCUCAUCGAAGCAUGCACUCGAGACAUCUCGGUCACACCUGUGAGACCGGAACCAAAGAAACGGGCACAGAUAACCGAAUGCUUUAUGAGUCAGACCGAGAUUAUCCACAAGAUGAUACCCACCCUCAGCGAGCGAGCGGAUUCGUUGGAAACCACAAUCAUAAAGUUCGGCUGCAUCACACCCGCCGUUGUCGCCACGGACAUGCCCCAGAUUGCCCUUGGACCUCAAGGGGUCGAUGUUGUCCGAGAAUGUCAGCAGAAAUACCCAUCGGAUCCGUUCCAUCAGCCACGGAUACGACUGUCAAUUGCGUUCCCAGAUAAACGGUUGUUGCAGUACGAUUGCGGUAAACUGCAGCGGCUGGAUGGUCUCUUGCGGAAGCUCCAAGCCGGCGGUCAUCGCGCCUUGAUAUUCACCCAGAUGACGAAGGUUCUCGACAUUCUCGAGCAGUUCCUCAACAUUCAUGGUCACCGAUAUCUCCGCCUAGAUGGCUCAACCAAGGUGGAGCAGAGACAAGCACUUACAGACCGAUUCAACAACGAUAAUCGGAUAUUGGUGUUUAUCCUGUCAACCCGUUCCGGCGGAUUGGGUAUCAACUUGACCGGAGCAGACACGGUCAUCUUCUACGAUCUGGACUGGAACCCCGCCAUGGACAAGCAAUGUCAGGAUCGUUGUCACCGCAUCGGACAGACACGGGAUGUCCACAUCUACCGGUUUGUGUCGGAAUACACGAUCGAGUCCAACAUCCUCCGCAAGUCGGACCAGAAGCGAAUGUUGGACGACGUUGUCAUCCAAGAGGGCGACUUCACCACCGACUAUUUCAAUAAGUUGACGAUACGCGACAUGCUGGGGGAUGAAGUCGUGAAUGAACUGGAGGGUGCAGAAGAUGCCCCCAUCCUUCCCGUUGAAAACAUGGAGAAGGCGCUCGAAGCUGCCGAAGACGUUGAGGAUGUUGCCGCGGCCAAAGUGGCGCAGAGGGAGGUUGUCGAUACCGAUGUUGCCGACUUUGCCGAGAGGGGCACGCCCCAAACUCCAGCAGCGACGAGCAAGGAAGCCAGCACUUCCCGCGACGUUUCUGCGCCGGUUGCCACUACCACCGCACCGACGCCGAGGGAAACGCCAAAAGAAACUCCGGCCGAAACUCCCGCAGAACGGGAGGCGCUUCCAGAGAUGGAUCUCAACCGCGGAAUCGGCCACGACAUCUACGGCGAAGGUUGGGGCCGCGUCGAACGAGAGCCCGAGCACAUUGACGAUUACAUGAUACGGCAUAUGGAAUGGGAGCUGAUUGAUGUUUCCGUGGUCAUCCCGGAUAAAAGCAGGAAGAGGAACAAAAAGGGGAAGAAGUUUUAAUUCUUAUUCAUAAUCGUGGGUUUCUGUUAGGUUCGGGGUUGGGUUGUGCUCUCUACUCUGUUUUUUUUCUUUCUCGUCUCUUGCAUGCAAGCUCGGAGUGCAUUCAUUGUGCUAUUAGUUUUUCUUUUCUUUUCUUCAUUCCGGUGUUCAUGAUUCUGAAAAAGCGUGUAGAAGACGAAGUUGAGGCGGAACAGACACACGCAGAAGCGGCUGGAGACUGAUACGGUGAAUACUCCAGUACCGAGCGUGGAUGUGGUCUUUGGGAAUUGUUUCUUUUUUUUUUCUUUUUCGGGUUUCAUGGGAGUUAAAGUUCUGGCUUUUUACUGUGUUUUCGGGGGUUCUUCUAGAGAGGGUUCUUUUUUUCUUCAUAUAUUUGGGCCAGUUUAGUUGUUUGUGAUAGUGAAGAGAGGUUCUUAGGAUGGCCAACCAGAGAGAGUCUCGGGGGCCGACUCCCGCUCUCAAUUACAUCAAUA